UCCUAAAGUGUUGAUUAAGUUUGUCAUGUUUCUUAAAAUAAUUUUCGGUUGUUCCUUCUAGAAGAUUAAUUUGUAAAACACAAAUGAUGAGUUUUUCGUGCAACGGAUUUGGAAAUUUUUCUCCGUUCUUAAUAAUCCUUUCAACUUUGCCCCAAAAACCUCAAAAAUUCUCGAUAUUCCAUUCAAUACGUAAAGAUAUCAACAGUCUAUAAAAAAACAUCCACUCCACUUACAUUUGAGUAUCAUUCGAGUCAUUGAACUGAUGUUGAUCUUUGUUGUCAUCUUCGAUAUGUUGUUGAACAGUAAGGACGACAAAAAAGAUCAAAAUUAUUGCAAAAUCAGACCACUUUAGCAUUCUAUUGUCGUUCUUAUUUGAUAUUUUCUGUUUCAAAUGUAAAAUAAGCGUUCUCCUUUCCAAGUUAUUGUUUUCCAAUAAUUAAAAUUUCUUUGGGUGCAGUUUUAUUUUCCAACAAUUUUCCUGAAUGAAAAUGAACUUAAAUCGCUGUGAAUUCAAAAUGUCCGAAUUGUAGACUAAAAGUGUUAACGAUUUAAUGCAAAAAUGUCCAGAAAUCACUUAAAAUUACUGAAUUAAACUAAAUAAAUUGAAAAUUGUUACAUUUUUGUGGAGAAAAAGUUAUGAAUGUGUUAGUUUUGAGUGGUUGAAUGUGAGAAGGUUCGCUCUGUAGCUUAAUUUGAAUUUUUGGUAACCGUUUCAAGAUUUGUGAGAUUUUUCAAUUUUAUUUGAAGGACUUUUAAUUAUUAACUGCGUAAUUUAGUAAAAUAUUGAAAUCUAGAGCAACUUUAAGUCAGAAUUUCCAAAUUUUCAAGUUUCAACUCUCGAAUCUUCUUCAAAUUUCUCCAAAUCUUCUCCACAACAAUCGAGUCAACUCUCUUUUCACAACAGCCCAAAAAAAAGAGAGUGAAAAUCAUUUCGUCUUCAUCGCGCGCCUAAGUUUUCAGUUUCUGCUCGACCGCGAGAGUGUGCAGUUCAAAUUUAAAUCGUGGUUCUGCACUCAACAAUUUAAUUUAUUUUUAGAAUAUCGAAUCUCUAUCUGUGCAUCUGUUUUCUCUUCUACGAUUAAAAUAAUGAGUAAUAAUGUCAAAAUUGCUUGCAUUCUUCUGCUUUUCUACCUCAACUUUUUGUCUGCCACACCUGUCAUCUCAUCUGGAUCUAACACACAAAGACGUCGAACUCGAACGACAGUACCAUGGAAGCAACCCGAAGAUAAUUGGAAUAUAACAGAUAUUCCAAGAAGUAUAUUACCUCAUUUACCAAGUAAAAGUACAAUACAUACGUUACCGGCACCUGCAAAUAUUGUUUAUAAAACACUAGACAAUGAUGAGAAGGUGUUGGAGAGACUUCAUGAGAUUAAGAACAACGAAACUGCCAGAACACUUUGGUCAAAGGCUGAAUCAGAUCAUCACUACUCACCAUUCUUUGACAAAGCCCUCAAACUAAUGAAUCUCAAGCAAGUUGCAUUUGAGAUUGAAAAUUCAGUCAUGAGUAAAAUGAGUUGUACAGCAUGUAAAGCGGGGGCAACACUUCUUCAACAUUACAUAAAAUCCGGUAAAAGUAAAGAAGAAAUCAUCAAGACGAUCUUCCAAUACUGUACAAAUCUACAAAUCCAGUCGUCUCGCGUUUGUGAAGGUGUUAGUAGCCUGUUCGGUAAUGAAGUUAUCUACGUGCUUAAGCGAACGAAUUUGGGUGCGGAUGAAAUUUGCAGUUUCAUAAUCGGUGAUGCAUGCGGUGAUAUUUAUAAUCCUUAUCAUGAGUGGGAGAUUGAGUUGCCAGCUAUAACAAAACCAACACCACACGAACUUCCAAUUCCAAAGGAAAAUGCUCCGUCAUUUAAAGUUCUUCAUUUAAGUGACACACAUUAUGAUCCAUAUUAUGCUGAAGGAAGUAAUGCUGACUGUUCUGAGCCAUUAUGUUGUAGAAUCACUAAUGGACGUCCAAGACAUGUAAAUGCUGCAGCUGGAAAGUGGGGAGAUUAUAGAAAAUGUGACAUGCCAAAAAGAACACUAGAUCACAUGUACAAGCACAUUGCUGAAGUUCAUCCAGAUAUUGAUUAUAUUUUAUGGACUGGUGACUUGCCACCACAUGACAUUUGGAACCAGACGAAGGAAGAAAACUUGAAGGUUUUAAAGGAAACAGUUAAACAAAUGGCAGAAGUUUUUCCAGGAAUUCCAAUUUUUCCAGCUCUCGGUAAUCAUGAAAGUGCUCCAGUCAACAGCUUUCCACCACCUUAUGUGCAACAAGUUGACAGUUCAAUAAAUUGGUUGUAUGAUGCUUUGGCUGAGGAAUGGCAGAAGUGGCUGCCUCCAUCUGUGUCUUAUACAAUCAAAAGAGGGGCUUUCUAUUCAGUUCUUGUACGUCCUGGAUUUAGAAUAAUUUCAAUCAACAUGAAUUAUUGUAACAACAAAAAUUGGUGGCUGCUGCUCAAUUCUACAGAUCCAGCAACUCAACUUCAAUGGAUCAUCUAUGAACUACAAAGUGCUGAGUUUUCCAAUGAGAAGGUUCACAUUAUUGGACACAUCCCACCAGGUCAUCCUGACUGCCUUAAAAUCUGGUCAAGGAAUUAUUACAAAAUCAUUCAAAGGUACGAAAGUACAGUGACAGCACAAUUCUUUGGACACACACAUUUUGAUGAGUUUGAAGUCUUUUAUGAUACAGAAGAUAUUUCCCGACCAACAAAUAUUGCAUACAUCGGACCAAGUGUGACUCCUUAUUAUGACUUGAAUCCUGGAUAUAGAAUUUAUUAUAUUGAUGGUGAUCAUGAUGCCACAACGCGGCUUGUUGUCGAUCAUGAGACAUGGAUUAUGAAUCUCAAGGAAGCAAAUCUUUAUGAUUUUCCAAUUUAUUACAAAUUAUACUCAGCUAGAAAUGCAUAUAAUCUUAAAGCACUUAGACCGACAGAUUGGGAUGAAUAUACAGCAUCAUUGACAGAUGAUCAGGAUAAAUUUGAUCAGUAUUUUAAACACUACUGGAAGGCAUCACCAGUGCGACCAAGUUGUGAUGCAGACUGCAGAAAGCGGAUAUUGUGCGAUGCAAAAAGUGGACGAUCGCAUGACAGAAAGUUCUUCUGUGCAGAAGUGGAAGCAAAACUUGAUUCCUCAAAUGGAAGCUGGCGAUCGUGGAUUUAUAGAGGAAUUAGCUUUUCAUUUAAUGCUCUUUAUUCCGUAACGGCGAAAAUCCCAGGCUACGUAAUGAGCUUUGGAUAAUGAAUAGUCGAGAUAUUAGAAACGUGAUAAAUUAGAGAAACACAAGAUUGUUAGAACAAAAAAGAAUAUCAAAAGCUGAAGCUUCCCGUGCUUUGAAACGGAGGAUAAUACUUAAAUUUUCAAAGAACUCAUAAAAAGUGUACAUAAAAUGAACAAGAUUCGUUAAUUAAAUAAAACUUAAUUCCUUAAUUUAUUUUUCAA